AGCGUUCCAAAUGCUCUCCAGGGCCAUGUGUUAUGAUUUUUGAAGCUAUUUACGAAGUUUGUUUACUGAGUUGUUACCAUUGAAUGUGGAACUGACAAAAGGUGGUUGCUCCACCGGAGAGCUUGCUAUCGUCAACGCGAUCUACCGCACCCAGUUAGGUACUGCACGCAAAAAUGUAUUCUGUGUUGUUCAAGCAGGAGCUGGCUCACGAUGAUGCAAUCUGGAGCUGUGCUUGGUCGAAGUCACCGAAAGAUGGAACCAACCACAUUUUGACUGGUUCCGUUGAUGACACUGUCAAGUGCUGGAAAUGGGAUGAUGAGAAACUGGAACUGCUGCAUGUUUUUGAGGGCCAUGCCCUAGGUGUCUUCUCUGUUGAUGUGUCUCACGACGGCAAAGUGGCUGCGUCGAGUUCCUUGGAUAGCAACAUAAAGCUCUGGGAUUUGGAGACUGGUGAAGAGAAAAAAAACAUUGAUGCAGGUCCAGUUGACGCUUGGUCCGUGACAUUCUCACCCGACUCGCGGUUUCUGGCAUCGGGUUCCCAUUCGGGCAAAAUCAACCUCUAUGGUGUCGAGUCCUGCAAGUUAGAAUCGUCGCUUGACACAACGGGGAAGUUCACGCUCAGCAUCGCUUUCAGUCCGGAUGGAAAGUACAUUGCAAGCGGGGCCAUUGAUGGCAUCAUCAAUGUGUUUGACAUUUCCACAGGAAAGCUGGUGCACACGCUCGAAGGUCAUGCCAUGCCUAUCAGGUCGUUAACAUUCUCGCCAGACUCUCAGAUGCUAGUCACUGCUUCUGAUGAUUGCCACAUCAAGGUGUACGACGUCCAACAUGCUGGUCUUGUGACCACGCUUUCUGGCCAUGGCUCCUGGGUGCUGCAUGUGGCCUUCUGCUCAGACAACACUCACUUUGCAUCAAGUUCGUCAGACCGGACAGUGAAAGUGUGGGACCUACCGGCGAAAGAGUGCGUCCACACGUUCAGCGAGCACUCUGAUCAGGUCUGGUGUGCCAAGUACAACCCCAUGGGAAACCGCCUGGUCUCGGUUUCAGAAGACAAAAGCAUCAUAAUGUAUGACUGUCCUGUGUAAAUAAACUAUGUCUCACUACUG